UCUUUAAUUUUUAUUUUUGAGCAGUAGGUCAGUUGAUAUAUAGCCUCAGAACAGAAUGUUACCAUCAAGAGGUGUGCAAGGUCUGUUAGCUGCUGCAUCAGCUCUACGUAGUUGCACUGAUGUGUCACUUGUGAGGCCCACCCAACAAGUCAUGUCAUUUUACACAAAGGAUAUUUACGUGAAGCCUGGCACGGCUCACAGAAAAACCCAGCAUUUCAAGAGGAAACAUUGGAAUCCUCUCUACAGAAAAGAGAGAGCUGACCGGAUUAUGAAGGUGGACCUCAUCGACUAUCAUGAGAAAAAUGAUGAGCUCACCCCACAGGAGAUCAGAAUGAAGAUGAAGCAGCGCGGCCUUCACCCAUUCCGACCGUGGAACGAGCGCCCCAUCAACAUCAGCUGCACGCCCAGUGUGUUCGAGCCUUACGUUCCCCCUGAGUAUGACGGCAAACUCUCCAUCGCAUCUAAAGACGGCGCCAAGCAGAAGUUUGAAUUCAUGGAGAAGAAAAGCAAGACCUACAUAGCCAUACGUAAAGUAGGCAAUUAUGACGAAGAUUUCGACAUAAAAAUGUUUGUGGAUGAAGCUCAGGAUAUUUAUAUUAAAGCGCACAAAGCCAUCGCCGAUGAAGACGAGGAUCUGUUGCACGACCUGGUGACGGAGCGAGCUUUUCCUCUCGUCACUCACGAGACCAAAAACAAGACCAUCAGGUGGGAGUUCAUCGAGACGAUUGAGAAGCCUAGGGCGGUGCACGCUCGCGUCACAGAAGUCAUUGACAAGGACAACCUCUUCGCUCAAAUAACUGUCAGGAUGCACACCAAGCAGACGCUGGCCGUGUACGACAGAUUUGGCCGCCUCAUGCACGGCUCGGAAGUGAUAGCCAAAGACGUGCUGGAGUACGUAGUCUUCGAGAAACAUAUUUCCAAUACAAACGGCACGUGGCGAAUGCACGAUAAGAUCAUUCCUGAUUGGCUGCCGAAGAGACCGGCAGGUAUUCGUACGGUGCGGGAACCAUUGGAGGAAGCCGAGCCUUUCACCGAAGAAGAACGAGAAAUUAAAAAAGAAACCGCUUCUGCCGUGUAAGAAGUAUGGCUCAUAUUGUGUACAUAGACACGAGUUCUUCCCAAAUAAAUGACGACCAAAAAGGUUUU